AGAUAAUGUAACGGCUGAUGAAAUCUACACCUUACAUUUCAAGAACGUGAAAACUUCCAAACUCAUCAUCCUGCCUGCCUACUUCUAGAAUCCUCUUCUUCAUCUCCCCCAAAACCCCUUUUUACCCAAUCAGGGUUUUUCCAUUGCAGCAGCCCCCUUCAUUCUUUUCAACCAAUCACAACUCUCUCUCAAUCCACCAAUUCUUUUCUAGAAUCCUCUCAACAUCAUGGCUCCUGUUCUAAACAGAACUUUGACCCCUACUUCACUCCCUUAUUCUCCACUCUUUUCCUCUAAAUCCAAUACCCACAACAACAGGUUGUUAUCAAGAAGUGUGUUUUUGCAUCAAAAUGGUCUCAAAGUUAACAACUUUUCUUGUUCUGGGUUAAAUUGGAAAGUGGGUAAAAGAGGUAACAGUGUGGUGGUCAAGUGUGAGGCUUCUGCUGUUGCUGAAAAAGAAGCCACUGAGUCUUCUGGUGAGACUUAUGAGUACCAAGCUGAGGUUUCUCGUCUGAUGAAUCUGAUAGUUCAUAGUUUAUACAGCCAUAAGGAAAUUUUUCUCAGGGAACUUGUGAGUAAUGCAAGUGAUGCUCUUGAUAAACUAAGAUUUUUAAGUGUAACGGACCCAUCAUUACUCGGAGAUGCUGGUGAGCUGGAGAUCCGUAUCAAACCCGAUCCGGAGAAAGGGACCAUCACAAUUUCAGAUACCGGUAUUGGAAUGACCCGAGAAGAGCUAAUAGACUGCCUCGGAACUAUUGCUCAAAGUGGCACUUCUAAGUUCUUAAACGCACUUAAGGAGAACAAGGAUCUCGGAAGCGAUAACAGUUUGAUCGGUCAAUUUGGUGUGGGGUUCUAUUCGGCUUUUUUGGUUGCCGAAAAGGUGACUGUGUCCACAAAGAGUCCCAAAUCCGACAAACAAUACAUUUGGGAAGCAUCGGCCGAGAGUAGCUCGUAUGUAAUCAAAGAAGAAACCGACCCCGAAAAGCAGCUUCGUCGCGGGACAGAAGUAACGCUUUAUUUGAAGGAUGAUGACAAAUAUGAGUUCACAGAGCCAAGCAGGGUUCAGGGUUUGGUGAAAAACUACUCGCAAUUUGUUUCAUUUCCCAUAUACACGUGGCAAGAGAAAUCAAGAACGGUUGAGGUAGAGGAGGAAGAAGAACCGAAGGAAGGAGAAGAAACACCACCAGAGGGUGAGAAGAAGACAAAGAAGACGACUAAAACUGAAAAAUACUGGGAUUGGGAAUUGGCCAACGAGACCAAACCUAUAUGGAUGAGGAAUCCAAAGGAAGUUGAAAAAGAUCAAUAUAACGAGUUUUACAAGAAGACGUUCAACGAGUUUCUUGAUCCUCUUACAUACACUCACUUCACCACCGAGGGUGAAGUAGAAUUUAGAAGUGUUAUUUACAUCCCUGGAAUGGCACCAAUGAACAACGAAGAUGUAGUAAAUCCCAAAACAAAGAAUAUCCGUCUUUACGUGAAACGUGUAUUCAUUUCAGAUGAUUUUGAUGGCGAACUGUUUCCAAGAUACUUGAGCUUUGUAAAGGGUGUGGUUGAUUCAAAUGAUCUUCCUCUAAACGUUUCACGAGAAAUUCUUCAAGAAAGUCGAAUCGUAAGAAUAAUGCGGAAGAGGCUUGUUAGGAAAACGUUCGACAUGAUUCAAGAACUUGCGGACAGUGAGAACAAAGAGGAUUAUAGGAAGUUUUGGGAGAAUUUUGGCAAGUUUGUAAAGUUGGGAUGCAUCGAGGACACCGGAAAUCAUAAAAGAAUAACUCCGUUGUUGCGGUUUUUCUCAUCUAAAAGUGAAGAUGAGUUGAUAAGCUUAGAUGAAUACAUCGAUAACAUGGAUGAAAAGCAGAAUGCGAUUUAUUAUAUUGCAACAGACAGCUUGAAAAGUGCUAAAUCUGCUCCGUUUUUGGAGAAGUUGGUGCAAAAGGGUAUCGAGGUGUUAUAUCUAGUUGAGCCUAUUGAUGAAGUGGCGAUUCAAAACCUACAAACAUAUAAAGAAAAGAAAUUUGUUGACGUAAGCAAGGAAGAUCUCGAGCUUGGUGACACGGAUGAGGUUAAAGAGCGAGAAAAUAAGCAAGAGUAUAUCGCUCUUUGUGACUGGAUGAAACAACAGCUAGGCGACAAAGUUGCGAAAGUACAAAUCUCGAACCGUUUAAGUUCUUCUCCUUGUGUUCUCGUGUCGGGCAAGUUCGGGUGGUCUGCUAAUAUGGAACGGUUAAUGAAAGCACAGACUCUCGGUGAUACUUCAACUUUGGAGUUCAUGAGGGGUAGAAGAAUAAUGGAAGUCAACCCUGAUCAUCCAAUCGUUAAGGACUUAAAUGCUGCAUGUAAAAAUGCACCCGAAAGCAGCGAGGCAAAGAGAGCUGUGGAUCUCUUAUAUGAAACAGCUUUAAUCUCAAGUGGAUUCACUCCUGAUAGUCCAGCUGAAUUGGGUGGGAAGAUUUAUGAGAUGAUGGCGGUUGCUCUUGGCGGAAAGUGGGGAAGAGUUGAGGAAAGUGAAGCUGCUGCUGCCGCCACUGAUUCAUCUGAAUCGAAUGUCGACUCGACAUAUGAAUCUGCUGCCGAGACCGAAGUUGUGGAGCCAUCUGAAGUUAGGACGGAAACCGACCCGUGGAGUACAUGAUCGGGUUAAUAUUCAUAGAAAGGCGUAAGUCGUUAGGGAAUCGGGAGGAUGGAGGAGUUUUGGAUUGAGAAUUUUAUGAUUUGUUAUGAAGAUGGAUCCCUACUUUAUAUUUAAAUAGACACUUUUUUCUUUCACUAAAGUCACUUAAACCUUUUUUUUGUC